AUAUGGUGAGAAUCAUUGGCGUUCGAGGACUUGAUCCGAACUCAAAAGGUUUUUCCAAGAUUAGGGUUGCCGUUGCUCUAACUUACGCAUCGGAGGUGAGGGAGCACGAUCUUCUCGUGCGCGUGGGGCGCAAAUUCUGCUAAUCCCAUGCUCGUCAAGAACUACAUAAUCUGGAGUAUCUCACGGCGCAUGAUAGCUUUCCCCUCUUAUAACGUCAUUAUCCUUCUCCAUGGAUGCGUGAUACUCCUCCCUCCAAAUCUCCCCGCCUGUUUCUUCUUGUUCGUUGCUUUUUUUUUUUCAAUGUCUAUGAAUUUUUCCCUCUUUAAUUUUCCGUUCAUUAUAUUGGUCGUUGGGAUUUUAAUCUACCGUGUAUUUUGUCAUCCGCAUCCUUAGACUCCCCUGGAUCGGUUGGUGAUGUCUGUAAUCUCUAUAUAUGUUCUUCAUUUUGUCUUCAAUCUGUUGAUCGAAUUGCGUGGACUUUUAGGGCUUUGUCAUGCUUGUGAUGGACUUCUGCUCUCUUGCGCAAAUUUUAUCUGUCAGACUUAACGUUAAUUUUCCAUCUACUCGAUCUGGGUUGAAAUUUUGGAAUUUUAGUUAUGACUGAAUCACGUUUGGACUGAUUUUAAAUGAUCUCUUGUGAAAUGGAAAACCCUUCUCGACCAGCCCCCAGAGAAACGUGUAUGAAGUAUUUGGGGCUUUUAGGGUUUUAAUUGAUUUGGAAAUCAAAACUUCAUUCAGAAAGCUGACUCUCAGUGCAAAAACAUUAUAUUUGUUGCAAUCUUAGCAAACUGAAAGAAUCACGUUAUAGUGGAGUAGGAGAUAAUUGCAUGCCAGUGAAUCAAUAGAAAGGAAGCGUACAACCUCAUCAGUCGUUGCAGCUGCUUUGGUCUUUCUGCUUCUAUGUUAGACUCAUAAUGUUUGCUGCUGUUUGCCUUAAAAAAUAAGUUAGGAAAUAUGGAAGAGACAUGUGAAGUUUCUGCUUAAUAUACUUGCGCCUACCUAAUCAACUUCAGGGUAUUAUAUCUGCAGUCUGAUCUCUCUUCUGUGGAAAGAAUGCCUGAAGGAACAAGCCUAAUGGUGGAAACGUCUGAAAAUGGCACAGAUUUGUCACCAGAUGAUAUCGGCACCAUUGAGGAAAUUCCGGAAGAGACAAUUUUAUCACGACAAACUUCUGUAAACCUUGUUCCAUUUAUUGGCCAAAGGUUUGUUUCUCAAGAUGCUGCAUAUGAAUUUUACUGCAGUUUUGCAAAGCAAUGUGGUUUCUCAAUCAGACGCCACCGUACUCGAGGGAAAGAUGGGGUUGGUAGGGGAAUUACAAGGAGGGAUUUCACCUGCCAUCGUGGUGGCUAUCCUCAGAAUAAGCCAUCUGAUGAUGGGAAGCUUCAAAGGAAUCGGAAAUCAUCACGUUGUGGGUGUCAAGCAUACAUGCGGAUUGUUAGACGGGCAGAUUUUGAUGUCCCUGAAUGGCGUAUUACAGGCUUUAGCAACAUUCACAACCAUGAACUUCUCAAAUCAAAUGAAGUGCAUCUGCUUCCUGCCUAUUGCACUAUAUCUGCAGACGACAAGAGUCGAAUUUGCACGUUUGCAAAAGCUGGGAUGUCAGUGCGACAAAUGUUAAGAUUAAUGGAGUUGGAGAAAGGUGUUAAACUAGGUUGUUUACCAUUUACUGAGAUAGAUGUAAGAAAUCUAUUACAGUCCUUCAGAAAUGUGGAUCGGGACAAUGAUGCUAUAGAUCUUCUUGCAAUGUGCAAGAAGAUAAAGGAUGAAGACCCUGGCUUUAAGUAUGACUUCCAGAUUGAUGCACAUAACAGGUUGGAGCAUAUUGCCUGGUCCUAUGCUUCAUCAAUUCGAUCAUAUGAAGCUUUUGGAGAUGCUGUGGUUUUUGACACUACCCACCGUUUGGAUGCCUAUGAUAUGCUUCUAGGGAUUUGGAUUGGAGUGGACAAUCAUGGCAUGAACUGUUUUUUUGGUUGUGUGCUUCUACGAGAUGAAAACAUGCAAUCUUUUUCCUGGGCAUUGAAGACCUUUUUGGGCUUCAUGGAAGGAAAGGCUCCACAAACUAUUUUGACGGAUCAAAACAUGUGGCUGAAAGAGGCUUUUGCUAUCGAAAUGCCAAGUACAAAACAUGCCUUCUGCAUUUGGCACAUCAUUUUGAAGUUCUCGGAUUGGUUUUCUGUACUUCUUGGGUCUCAAUAUGAUAGUUGGAAAGCUGAGUUUCAUCGCCUCUAUAAUCUGGACAUGGUGGAGGAUUUUGAAGUAGGAUGGAGAGAAAUGGUUGAUGCAUAUGGACUCCAUGAAAAUAAGCACAUUAUCAGCUUAUAUGCAUUAAGGACAUUUUGGGCAUUACCGUUUUUGAGAUGCUACUUCUUUGCGGGAAUGACAAGUACAUUCCACUCUGAGUCAAUUAAUGCUUUUAUCCAACGGUUUUUGAGUGCACAGUCUCAACUUGAUCAUUUUGUAGAGCAGGUGGCUGUUAUUGUUGACUUCAGCGAUCAAGCAGGAGUGAAACAAAGGCAACGAAAGCACGGCAAAGUCUGCCUCAAGACUGGGUCGCCAAUCGAAUCACAUGCUGCUACUGUUCUAACUCCUUAUGCCUUCUGCAAGCUCCAAGAAGAGCUAGUGUUGGCUCCGCAAUAUGCCUCACUUCAAAUAGAAGAUGGUUGUUUCAUUGUGAGGCACCAUACCCAGAUGGAUGGAGGGUGUAAAGUGAUUUGGGUCCCUCGUGAAGAGCUCAUUAACUGCAGUUGUCAUCAGUUUGAGUUUUCAGGCAUUCUUUGCAGACAUGUUCUCCGUGUCUUGUCAACAAAUAACUGUUUUCACAUUCCAGAACAGUAUUUACCAAGCCGUUGGUGUGGUGUCUGCUCAUCUUCCUUGAAGACCUUCCGAAGCACUACUCCAAGGGAUCAUGCAGGGAGGGUUCAGUUACUGCAUUCCAUGGUUUCCACACUCAUUACAGAAUCAGUAGAAACAGAGGAACGGCUUGAUGUUGCUUGUGAUCAGAUUGCCAUGGUGUUAUCACGCAUUAAAGAAUUUCCUCGGUCGACUCUUUGUGCAAAUGGUAUAGCCUAUGAUAGUCCAUCUGACUCGCUGAUUCUACCAGAGGUGGAAGAUUCUGAUGGAAUUGUUCAAAGUUUUACCGAUGGGAAUCCCCAUGACACUAUGAACAGUUUGGGAAAGCUGAAAGAACGAAGACCCAGAGAUGGAAUUGACAUUUCUCGGAAACGAAGGCGUUGUUCUGUGCCUUGCUGUGGGCAAUUUGGGCAUGAUGCAACUGAUUGUCCAAUGAUGGGAGGCGAUGGUUUGAAUGGAGAUGGACUAGGAUUCUUGUAGAGUGAGACUUUGACGGUGACUGCAUGUGUAAAGAAACAUCAAGAUUUAUAGAUGUUUAUGGGCAAGAGAUCGCUUCCUGGUUGCGUGGCCUCUGCAUGAGCACGGGGACCAAUGAGAACAGCAGAGGCAGCACCAUUGAUAGGCUUCUUUAUUUCAUGGAUGGAAGGGUGGUAAAUUGGGUGCUUGUCUUGGCGCAGGGGCAGCACAACCGGUAGCAUUAUUUUUCCCAGUGUUUAUAUGUCCGUCGGCUAUCAUUUUUUCCAUGUUUAUCAAUGCAGUUCAAUUUGUUUUUUUUGGUCA